AUGAAUAUACGUACCUUUGUUCGUCUCAUUCAAUUAGGUAUAUGUGUUGUUAUUAUAUUACACAUCCUUUUAUAUACUAAGUCAUUGGAUUUAUCUGAUACACCUCAAACUUCCGUCACUCCCGUCAAAAUCAUCAACAAAGCUAUUAUUGAAUCAUCUCCAAAACGAGCCCCCAUCGUUUUCAAGUGUAACAAAAACUAUAGAGUAGCUUUUACAUUUGAUGAUGGUCCUCAUCCUACUCACACUCCGCUCGUCGUAAAAACUUUAAAUCUACAUCGAGUUAGUGCUGGAUUUUUUCUUUUGGGCACCUCAAUUCAAAGUUUUUUGAGUGCUCGUAAUAAUCUUAGCGUUCAUCAAUAUGAAAGGCCGCGUAUAGGCUAUUUGCUCUUACAAGAUUACUCAUUAAUCGAAGACUUAUUCGUUCAACAUGAUAUUUAUCUUCACGGAUGGUUACAUGAAAAAAUUAAUGAAAUGCGUCUACAAACAGUCGUUGAUAACAUUUCCACACAACUAAUAGAAAUUGGUCUUCUAAAAGGAUUCAAACCAGUCUAUCGAGCACCAUGGGGAAUCGGUACAGCACCUGGUACUAUCAACAACAAAGCAAUACUUUCGCAAAUUUUAGAUC